GCUGAGGGCGCUUCAGGUGCUGUGGGCACUGCGGCUGUGCUGGUGCGCUGAGGCCUCACUCCCGCAGCUGACACGAGACACGGGCAGCGAUGCUGCUGCUCUGCCUCUUCGUCCUGCUGGCCACAUGCCGGCCUGUGCAGGGCAUGUGGAACGCCUGCGAAGGGAACUGUGGGCUCCGGCCGUUGGCUUCUGAUGAUGAGCGAGGCAUGACACGCGUCGUGGGUGGCACAAGCGCCAAGGCAGGGGCCUGGCCCUGGCUUGUCAGCAUCCAGGAUUCCUCGGUUGCAGGCACGGGGCAUCUGUGUGGAGGGUCCCUCAUCAGUGUACAGUGGGUCCUCACGGCAGCCCACUGCUUUGCUGAUUCCAGGAACAUCAGCGCCAUUCGCCUGCUGAUUGGGGCCACCCAGCUGACUGAGCCAGGCCCUGGGGCCGAGGUGCGCACGAUUAAGCGGCUGCUGGUUCACAAGGAAUACAAUUCUGCCGACCAGAGCAAUGACAUUGCGCUGCUGGAACUGAAUGAGCCUGUCCAGUGCAGCCCCUACGUCCAGCUGGUCUGCGUACCCAAUGCUACACUGAGUGUGGCACAGCUGGAAACCUGCUAUGUUGCUGGCUGGGGUGCCACCACUGCAAGAUCUCAAACAGUAAGUGAUGUCCUGCAGGAGGCCAAGGUCCACCUUAUCAGUGUCCAGCUCUGCAACAGCAGCGAGUGGUAUGGGGGGGACGUCCACGCCCACAACUUGUGUGCUGGCUACCCAGAGGGUGGCAUCGACACCUGCCAGGGUGACAGCGGGGGUCCACUCAUGUGCAAAGACAACAGUGCUGACUUCUUCUGGGUUGUUGGAGUGACCAGCUGGGGAAGAGGCUGUGCCAGAGAAAAACGGCCUGGGAUAUAUACUUCUGUUCAGCACUUCUAUAACUGGAUUCUGAUUCAGAUGGAACUGCUUCCACAAGUAGAGUCUUCUUGGGCAUGGAGUCAUUAUACAACUGCCUCACAACCCUGGACUCAUCAUACGAACACCCCAUGGCCUACUCAGAAGCCAUGGUCAAGACCACCUCCCACUCAGAAUCCGUGGCCGAGACCACCUCCCACUCAGAAUCCAUGGCCAAGACCACCUCCCACUCAGAAUCCGUGGCCAAGACCACCUCCCACUCAGAAUCCAUGGCCAAGACCACCUCCCACUCAGAAUCCAUCGCCAAGACCACCUCCCACUCAGAAUCCGUGGCCGAGACCACCUCCCACUCAGAAUCCAUGGACAAGACCACCUCCCACUCAGAAUCCAUGGACAAGACCACCUCCCACUCAGAAUCCAUCGCCAAGACCACCUCCCACGCAGAAUCCAAGUUCGCUACCGACACCAGUGGAAGAGAGUAAGAGCUGUCCAUUUCCACUCAAGAAGUUGAUCGAAUUCUUCACUGGGAUCCGGGACCUCCUGAAGAACCUACAGGUAGUUACAGACUGAGCAGGAGAAUGGACAGCAUCCAGUGCAGGUUGCAUGGGACGGUGACCAUUUCCUGCUGAGGCAAUGCCUGCUGAACCAAAGGCCGCCUCAGUACCAAUGGCCCACUCUGUCCUGCCCACAUUGUUCCUCUGCAUGUAUGCAAAUGCUAACGUUGACUUAGUUGCUGAAAUAAAGUUGCCUAUGUUUGUGGUUUAACA